AUGGCAGCAACUGAUGUCAAAGAAAUUCGUACUCCUCCGUUAACUUCCAACUCCGAUCCACCUCCCAUUUUUGACGGAGACACCAGGUUGUACAUCAGUUAUACUUGUCCCUACGCACAACGCGCAUGGAUCACUAGAAACUAUAAGGGACUUCAAGACAAGAUCAAAUUGGUUGCUAUUGAUCUUCAGGACAGGCCUGCUUGUUAUAAGGAGAAAGUUUAUCCAGAAAACAAGGUGCCAUCGUUGGAGCACAACGGAAGGGUCUUGGGAGAGAGUCUUGAUUUGAUCAAUUACAUCGAUGUCAACUUUGAAGGACCAUCUCUAGUUCCAACUGAUCCUGCCAAGAAAGAGUUCGGCGAGCAGUUGAUUUCUCAUGUUGGUGCAUUCACCAAAGACAUGUACUCUUCACUGAAAGGCGAUCCUAUAAAAGAAGCCGGUCCUGCCCUUGAUCACUUGGAGAAUGCUCUUACUAAGUUUGAUGAUGGGCCAUUCUUUCUAGGACAAUUCAGUUGGGUGGAUAUUGCCUAUAUUCCAUUUGUUGAAAGAUUCCAGAUAGUCUUUUCUGAGGUGUUCAAACAUGAUAUAACAGAAGGAAGACCUAAACUUGCAGCAUGGAUUGAGGCACUUAAUAAGAUUGAUGCUUAUACGCAGACAAAGGCUGGUCCAAAUGAAAUUGUUGAUAUUUUCAAGAAACUUUUUCUGCCUCAACAGUGA